AUGUCGUCGACCGAGACGGACGCGUACGACGCGCUCGCGUCGCCCACCGCGUCACACGCUGCGAUCCCCGUCACGUCCAAGACGCUGUACGACCACGACCUGGUCAUGGUCUUUCCCCGUCGCGAAGGCGGCGAGCUCAAGAAGCCCGAGGACUUUACUGUGCGCAGUUUCGUGCGUCUGUUCCUGGGCAAAGACUUGGCACGCAGCCAGCGGUCCAAGACGAUCGUCGUGGACCCGUUCCAGCGCGUCCUGCGCACGUCGCGCUGCUUCCUCGACGACCGCGGGCGCCCCGUUGUUGAGGACACGAGCCACGACCACAGUGACGCGAGUGAACAGCGUCGACUGGAGAUGCAGGAGCAGCUGCUCGAGCACGAGUACGAGCAGUUUAUCGGCUCGCGGGAAGCAACGAUCCGAGGCCAAGUUUUGUGA